AUGAUUGAAUAUGUCAACCGUCAUGAAAUAUUUAGUCCUUCAGUCUCUUGGAUCACUAAGUCAGGUGUUCACUUGGAGUACACUCCUGAAGAUACGCUUAAAAGUGGAAUAUUUGUGAGUGGAGAGAAUGCUUCGCCAUGCGAAACUGUACCAAUGUUAAAUUCGGAGGUUUGCAGCAAUAACAGUGAAGUUAAGAUUUUUGGACCCCAGUUUAACUCAGAAGAUGAUCACCGGACAUCAACUAAUAUAUGCUUGUCGGACAAAACAAGUGAUAAUUUUGAAAGCGUUAAAGGGAUUCUCAACAGUGCAAGUGGUUCUGAGAGGAUAUUUUCAGUGGACUGUGAUGGUGAUCCCGACAACACUAAUGUGAAAAAUCCGACUAAAAAUCCCAUAUCUUCGAAAAAGCCCAUCUCUUUCCUGAAGCGACAUCAAGGUGUAUCUGCUUGGUGUAGUAGACUACGAAAGCAGGGAUUACCAGUUACUGAUCCAGCAGCAGAGUUGCUCAAGCGUCAGUGUAAAAAUUCGCCGCAAAUUCCAAUUGUUCGGAAAACUGCAUCGAAAAAACAAUCCGACUUAUCAAAAUCAAAUUCACAACAAACUUCUCUCAAUAAUGAUGUUUUCAUUCCAUCUACUAUUAAAGAUCCAAAUUAUUUACAAUAUCAUCAAUCAUUUAAUAAAAUGAAUUCUAUCAACUCAAACCAUACAACGACUAUUCAUACAUUAAAUAUAAAAGAUGAAAAUUAUAAUAAUAUUGAAAAAUCUAAACAUAUUCAUAAUCAUAAAUCUUAUCAAGAUCCAAUUAGAUCAACAUCCAUGGAAUCUAUUCAUACUAAUCUCAAUGAAAUAAAUAAAGAUGAAAUUGAUUUAAAAGAAUUUGAAUUCCUUGAAGAAUUUAUUGAAACAUCUUUAUGUAAUAAUAAUAAUAAUAAUAAUAAUAAUAAUAAUAAUAAUAAUAAUAAAGAUACAAAAAAAAAACAACUAAAAGAUAAAAUGAGAUCAGAUCAGUUAUCAAUAAUUUGUGAUCAUUCUAAUGAAUCAAUAAAUAUCAGGCAACCAAGUUCACAUGUUCAAAUCCAUUCGAGACAUUCAGUCAAAGAUGAUAUUUUAAUUGAAGAUAAAAUUCAUCGAGACGAUGCAGUAAAUCGUCUCACAGGUGGAUCACAUGAUGCUAAAACGGCAAUAAAUUUCAAUUUGCCUAAUAAUAACAGUAAUGACUGUAAUGUCGAAAGUAUAUUGGGUAUUCCAGGUUCAAUGGAUAAUCAAUGUAAAGUAACACGUUUUCAUGUAGUGAAAUCACCAUGUAAUCAAUCACAAUCAUCAGUAAUAAAUAAUCAACAAUUGGAAUUGUCUAACGAACAUCAGUUGGAUUCGAUAAAACAAUUCAGUUCUUCAACUCCUGAAGACUAUGAUUUCGAUGAUUCACAUUCAUGGAGUUUCAGUACUACAGAUAUCAACGAUGCAAAAUUGUUAACUGGAUAUAAUUUGUCUGAAGUAUCACUUACUAAUUGUGAUGAUUUUAUAAAUCAACCAAAUGAAUCAACACUUGUUCGUUCCACAUCAACAUUUACUUCAAAUAAAAUUAAUUCUUCAUUGCCUGAUCAAUCUGUCAAGGCUAUUCAAAGUAUUAGUUCUUCUAUGAAUAAAAUUAAUCAUGAUAUUUGUAUUAAAAAAUCCUCGGAAACUAUUAAAUACAAUCAGAAAUCUAUUUCUUCUAAUAGUCAUAAUGAGUCCAUCAAUUCUGUGAAUGAAUUAAUUAAUAAUGAACAGUUAAUUAAUGAACAGAAUCCCAGUAAUCAGAAUAGUACAACUAAUAGUGAUCAAACUACUUUAAAACAAUGGAUUAAUAGAUUGGAAGCAGAAGUUAAACGUUUUAAAGUAGAAAAUGCUAAUUUAAAUAAAUUGAAAAUAGAAGCUCAAGAUAGUUUACGUCAACUUGAAUUGGAAAAAAGUCGUUUUGACGAGAACAAAACUAAGGAGCGAAAAGAAUUCGAAGAAUACAAAGAGAAUGAGAUUAGAAAAUUAAAAAAGGAAAGACGUGUAUUAGAAGAAUAUCAACGUGCUCUAAGAACUAUGCCGAACAAGAAAGAUCGUGAAGAAAUUGAACGACUUAAACAAGAACUUGAAGAAUCUCGUGUUGAUAUGGGUAAACGUGAAGUUCGUUGGCAUGCAGCAAUUAGCCGAUUACGUACUCGAAUUGAUGAAUUUGAAACAGAACGUAAUGAACUUAAAGGACGUAUAAGUAGAUUAGAAGAAGAACGUAUAUCAUUACAAGCUAAAUUAGCCAAAAUACAAGUAACUUGUAAUAAUAAUAGUAAUAAUGAUUCGAAUUCAACAAAACAACGAUCAUCUUUAGCACUUCGUCAGACAGUGAAUUCAAUUUCCCAAUCUAUUAGUCUAACUCCACUGAAUAAUGAUAAUAAUAAUGCUGAUGUAUCGAAAAUCACAAAUAAUACAUAUGAUCAACGUUCAAGACAAUUAUCACACACACGUUCUUCUUCUUCAUCAUCAUCAGCGUCAUCCAUCUCUCGUUCUUUAACAAAAGUAAACCAACUUGGAAUGAUUAAUCAUCAUAAACAGAAUACUAUUUCUUCUUCUUCGAAUAAAGUCUCCAGCAUGAUCCCUCAAUUGAAUCAUAAUAAUAAUAAUAAUAAUAAUAAUAAUAAUAAUAAUAAUAAUAAUAAUAAUAAUAAUAAUGAUAAAUUAUGUCACCAAGAGCCUAAUUCACCUGUCACUAGUGGUACACGCGAAAGUAUCGCUAGUGGUGGUGGUUAUUUCACUGGAGAUGAUGAUUCUGUUUCAAUUGGUGGAAGUAAUGAACAAGUAGUUCGUUUAUCUUCACAUUCAAACAAUUUCAUUAACGAUAAUAAUAAUAAUAAUGAUAAUUAUAUUCAUGAUGUUCGUAAUAGUAAUGCUGCUAUCAUCUGUAAUGAUAAUCAUAAGGAUACUACUAAUGAACAAAAGUCAAUGGAUUUUAUUGUUAAACAAAAUGUUCAUUCUUCAAAUGUGAUAAAUGUUUUAAAUAAAAAUAGCAUAGUAACAAAAACACAAUCAAAUCAUCACAACCAACAAAUGAAAGAUUUUACCAACAAAAUAGAUAACAAUCAACAAGAAAAGUUACCCAUUCCAGGAACAGCUGCUUCUGGCACCCUAAUCCGAAGUGUAAAGCACACGGAUGGUUCGAUUGAACAAACUUAUUCAAAUGGUGCUAUUAUUGUAUCUUAUGCUAAUGGUUCAGUAAAAGAAAUUUUUCCUGACACUGUAACUAUAGUUGUAUCUUUAUUCAAUGGUGAUAUUAAACGUACUUUACCAGAUGGUCGUGUAAUAUAUCAUUAUGCAGCUGAUGGAACAGUUCAGAUAACUUAUCCUAAUGGAACUGAAGAGAUUAAAUAUUCUGAUGGACGUCAAGAAAUUCUCUAUUCUUGUCGACAAAUAGAUCCAGACAAGGUUUUAUUACCAACAACAACAACAGUCCAUUCAUUGAAAUCUUUGACAAAUGAACAGAUUUGUCGUCAACUUAACAACAAUAAUGAUGUUAAAGAAAUAUUAUUACCUAAUGGUCAACGUGAAAUACAUUCUAGUUCAGGAAUAAAAUGUCGUGUAUAUCCAGAUGGUACUACAAAAACUAUAUUUCCUGAUGGUCGACAUGAAACUCGUUAUAGUUCUGGACGUUUACGUAUUAAAGAUGCUAAUGGAAAUUUAUUAUUAGAUACUAGAUUACCUAUAUUAAAUAACAUUGUGAAUAAUCAUAAUAAGGAUUAUUUAAAUAAUAGAUCUGCACAGAUUUCCAUAACUAAUCAAUCAAAUAGUAAUAAUCCAAUUCUAAAAUCUAAUUCUUAAAUACAUCUAUAAACUCGUAAAUAGAGAAGAAAAAAAAAAGAAAACAAAUAACCGUGCAAAAUAUCUUUGUUUCACAAGAAAAAAAGAACCAAAGAAACGUUUACCUGAAAGAAACCGGCUGUGAUUUGUUUCCUUUAUUUAUUUACAUCGCUUCCCCUUAAUAUCUAUAGCCCCAAGACCGUGUUUC